AACGCAGAUAUCAGUGGAUUUCAGUGUCCCGCAGGCUUUGCCGCAGUACAGUAUCCAACAAGUGUCGUACGUUUCAAUUUUGUACUUGACACUGGUUUAAUAUUUAAGCAGUUGAUUUGAGUCCUUCAAAUCGUGUGUUUCGGAGUUUUGGCAGUGAUCUGUUUUGUCGAAUUAAUAGAUACGUGUUCUUCACGUAUAAAUAAGAUCCAGGGCAUCAGCGAUGACGUAUAUGAAAUCAUGGGAGGAAUUUGAAAAGGUUGCAGAGAGGUUAUAUCUCCAGGAUCCAAUAAAGGCACGCUAUUCGAUGAAAUAUUCCCAUAACAAAGGUACCCUGUGCCUGAAGCUCACAGACGACAGAACGUGUUUGCAAUACAAAACAGAGAUUGCGCAAGAUCUGAAAAAGAUGGAGAAAUUCAUAGGCAAUCUAAUGCGGCAUAUGGCGUCUAAGGAUAAUUGAUAUUUAUUUCAAUAAGAAUAUAUUUUUAAAUAAAAACAUGUUCACAGAAA